AUGCAGCGAGCCAGGGCUGCGGUCGCUCAGACAGUUCAAUUCGCAAUUGAUAAUAAAAUAGACUUUAUCAUAGGUCAAGAGCCAUAUACCUGCGAUGGCGCGGCAGCAGGUUUUCCAUUGCAAUGGACAGUAUUUCAAAGUUCCAAUCACGACCAUCCACCAAGAGCUAUAAUAAUAAGCUGUAAUCCAGACUGGUCUCCAACAUCUAUCUCACUCGAUCAAGAUCAUGUAGCAGUGCUCGUAGAAGUACAUUCCUUCUUAGCGUCGAUCUAUUCUCCUCCAACAGCGGAUAUUGGCCCGACGACAAGAUUCAUCCAAAGUUUCAUACAUCGAUUUAAAAUCCCAAAUAUGAUCUUCGCAGGCGAUUACAAUUCACAUAAUACGGCCUGGGGAUAUCGAACUACAGACCCGAAAGGGAGAGAACUAGAGGACUUCAUAUCCUCAAGUAAUCUAAUAGUCCAGAAUACAGCAGAUGCACCACCAUCCUUCGACAGGGUCUUUGCGCCGGGAUUGCCAGACCUCACCCUGAUCACUCUGCACAUAGCAUCUCUUUUGCAGGGCUGGAAAGUCAAAGAGGAAGAGAGCCUCUGUUAUCACAAAUUCAUUACCUUCUCUCUAUCGCAGACCACCUCACUGUCAAGAUCAAACUCUAUAACCAACCGGGCCGGAAAUUAA